AUGAGUGGAUCCCUCCGCCCAGCCGUGGCAGCUCUGUUCUGCUGGGGGCGUGGCGCUGGCGGUGGCAGCCUGUGGAGUCCGGGCCUGCAGACUGCAGGCUCGGGCGCAGGUGGCGGUGGCUCAACGGAGGAGCUGGAUGAGAUGGUGAAGAAACACAAGGUGGUUGUGUUCCUCAAGGGGAUGCCGGAACAGCCCCAGUGUGGCUUCAGCAACGCUGUGGUGCAGAUCUUGGGGCUGCACGGUCUACAACGUGCUGGCGACCCUAAGCUCCCACAAGGCAUUAAAGACUACUCCAACUGGUCCACUAUCCCACAAGUGUACCUCAAUGGUGAGUUUGUGGGGGGCUGUGUCAUUCUUCUGUAG